AAUCACAGAACUCUUCAGCUGUUCCUCUCUAACUUGUUGUUUCCGUUUACGAUGACCCUUGGUCCAUGGUCGUCGUCAGUGUCUCGCCUCGUUACGCGUAAGGGCACCUGUAUAUUAGGAUCCGUGUCGCAACGUGCUCACCGGCCAAUAACGCGUACAUACUCCGACACAGGACCCGUCCCCCCGCAACCUCGACCGUACCAGUUACAUUUUGGCGCCAGCUGGGCAGCGAAGCCCCCAGAUCCAUUGCGCAUUCAUGUACCGUUCCCGUCAGAUACUGCGGUAGGGAGCUGGCGAGAUGGAAUGCUUCGAAGAUGGAAACAUGUGAUGAGCAAAGAUGCAGGAGAAGACUUUUUCUUCGUGACAGAGAUGCAAAAUAAUUCGGGAGUGUCAUUUGGUGUUGCUGACGGCGUGGGUGGAUGGGUUGACUCAGGCGUUGACCCGUCACUUUUUGCACAAACACUCAUGUAUCAUGCACAUCAAAUUGAUCCAACUCAAGAGUACGAGGAGCGCGAAAGAGUUGAGGGAUGGGAAUUGACACCGUAUAAAUGCCUUGAGUGUGCCUACCAUGCUGUAUUACGGGAGCGUCGUGUCAAUGCAGGAUCCAGUACUGCUUGUUUGAUCAGUAUCAACUCCUCGUCGGGUGUGUUGCGAGCGGCGAAUCUUGGUGACAGCGGGUUUUUAAUCAUCCGAUCGUCUUCGGUUAUAUAUCGACAACCACCCCAAACUCAUUUCUUUCAAUUGCCCAUACUCACGAAAUUGCCGUCAAACAUGGCAGAAUCCGAUCACUUGGCUGAUCACCCAAAUCAGGCUGCUCAGUAUGAGACCAAACUCAGGGAUGGGGACAUUAUCAUCGCAUUCACUGAUGGAUUAUCUGACAAUGUCUUUACGUCCGACCUUGUCGCCAUCUGCUCUUUUGUAGCACGCUCAGGUGGCUCUGAAGAUGCCCAGGCGCAGAUGAUGGCAAACCACAUUGUUGAGUAUGCACAAGUACGCAUGCGGGAUCGGAAGAAAAUGAGCCCGUUUUCACGUGAAGCUUUGCGGGAGGGGCUUUAUUACCGAGGAGGGGUGCCUUUAGUGCGCGAGACAGUAUGAGCGCGACCUCCAUUGAAGAUCACCCAUGAACAAUCGACGCAACAACCGAUAUCAUCUAUUACUAAUUACACAGCGCCAUUCUUAUCUCUUACAAUAUCAUGAGGACUUGCAUUUGUUGUACAUAGUACAAGAUUGUCUCGGGUCACGCAGUUUUUGGUGGCAGGCUUCGCGCGAUGAUAAAGUAGCGUGCAAGUUAGAGUAUGCACCAUGCAAUUUCAGCAUAAUGACUCAAUUGAAUAGUACAUAUGAUCAUCGAUCACCCAGCGAUCCGUCACCAACUCGUGGCAUCAUACCGCCACAUGUGCUUUAACGGACUUUGAUCACCACUCAUGUAUUCAAUUGGACAACUCAUUGGACUUCGCAAUUUCUUAGUCAAUCCUGUACAUAGCAUUAGUAGCGGU